UGCAUAAAAUGUCGGCUAAAACACUAACGCCACCGCAAACGUACUCGCGGCUGUUUCGUCCUUGGGAUGGUAAGGAGACAACGCCAGAAGUGCCUUCGGCAACGUGCAGCGAACCAAGCCCAAGUCGUGUAAAUGGUGAAGAAUCAGACUCGUACAGUGACAGUGAAAGUGAGCAAACGAUAAAAUCAGAACCGAUCGAGUACAAUCACAACAGUCCAGUGAAAUCUAGUGAGAUCUUCGGAUCAAACGUUCCUAUUACCAAUGACCCAUCGUUGAUGCAUUAUCCUUCGGCGGAUGUGGCCGCGUACUACCAUUAUUGCUAUCGGCAACAGCAGCAUCAACUGUCCGAACAUCCACUACCAAGCCAACUGCACCCGGAACCGCCCAGAGUUCCAGGUCCGGUGGGAGCUUUCGGCGUACCCAGUAUGCCAGCAGCGAUCGAUCCGCUCGGAUUUACGUACGAUCAAAUGGAACAAGAGUACAUGCGUGUGUUGAGCGAGGAUGCAAAGGCGAAGCUACUGGCUAGCCGUAAACAGCGGCCGAAGAAGUUUAAAUGUCCCCAUUGCGAUGUAGCGUUCUCCAACAAUGGUCAACUAAAAGGACACAUCCGUAUCCAUACCGGCGAACGACCGUUCAAGUGUGAGGAACCUAGCUGUGGUAAAACAUUCACCCGUAACGAGGAACUAACGCGCCAUAAACGGAUCCACACCGGCAUCCGACCGUACGGCUGCCAGACUUGUGGGAAAAAGUUUGGUCGGCGAGAUCACCUCAAGAAGCACACCAAAACGCACAUGCCUCAGGAACGGUACACGUAUGGCCUGAUGCCAGCGUCCGCAGCCGCGGCUGCAGCAGCGGCCAUGCUGAUGCCGAUGUACGCGUCCCAUGUCUUUGGAUACUAG